AUCUACGUCAAGAGCUUGCAGUGCAGCAGAAACAGGAGAAGCCCAAAACCCCGAUGCAAACUGCCCUGGAAACUGAAAGAACGGACACUGCAGUUCAAGCAUCCUUAUCUGUGCCUUCAACUCCCUCGGUGCACCGGGCACCCAGCAUCAACAUACCCACUCCUAUGACAUUUAGGAGAGGUCUCGAGGACAGUUUUGGUGCAACCCCUCUCACACCUGCUGCAAGAAUAUCUGCACUUAACAUUGUGGGGGACUUGCUACGAAAAGUGGGGGCUUUGGAGUCCAAACUUGCGUCUUGCCGAAACUUUGUGUAUGACCAGUCUCCAAACAGAACCACAGUGUCGAUGUGUAUGAAUAGAGAUGUCCUUGAAACACGCCUGAGUCCUCAUCAGCCCCUGUGUGAUACAGGGUUAGUGAAACGCCUGGAGUUUGGAACACGACCUCCGAAUAUGCCAGGAACAAUGAGCCAUCCUUCACCAAGUGUUGUCAAGAUGCUACUGUGA